GUGUUCUCUGGGAGCUCCGAGGUCACUCCAGGAGCCUUCCUCCCCCUCUCCUCCUCCUCCUGACCCCUUUUCGCCCCUCCCCAGGCCAGUACACGACGGGCCGUGGCUCGUCGGGGGUGGGGCUGACGGCGGCGGUGCUGCGGGACCCCCGGAGCGGGGAGCUGGUCCUGGAGGGGGGGGCCCUGGUCCUGGCCGACCGCGGCGUCUGCUGCAUCGACGAGUUCGACAAGAUGCUGGAGGGCGACCGCGUGGCCGUGCACGAGGCCCUGGAGCAGCAGAGCGUGGCCGUGGCCAAGGCCGGGGUGCUGGCCACCCUCAACGCCCGCUGCGCCGUCCUGGCCGCCGCCAACCCCGCCCUGGGCAGGUACGACCCUGCCAGGAGCCUGGAGCACAACCUGCAGCUCCCCGCGGCGCUGCUGUCCCGGUUCGACCUCCUCUGGCUGCUCCAGGACCGGCCACAACGGGACAGGGACCUCAGGCUGGCCCAACACGUGACCUUCGUGCACCAGCACUGCCGGCAACCCCCGAGUGCCUGCCAGCCCCUGGACAUGAGGCUCAUGAGACGUUACCUGGCCAUGUGCAAGCGCCGGGAGCCGCGGGUGCCCGAGGCCUUGGGCGACUUCAUCACGGCCGCCUACGUGGAGAUGAGGAGGGAGGCCUGGAGCAGCAGGGACGGCCUCUACACCUCUGCCAGGACCCUGCUGGCCAUCCUGCGCCUGGCCACCGCCCUGGUGAGUGCCCCAGUAGGGACCAGUAUGGACCAGUGACCCCCCAGUGUCACCCCAGUGU